AUGACACAGGAGGAAACUUUCAAUCCCAACAACCCCGCGGAAUUUGCCCAGGCUUUGAAACAAUUGAACGAGGCUGAGGUGGCUGCUACAAAACUGGAGAAACUGUUGGACUCGCUCGAAGGUCGUAUGGAUGAGAUAUUAAAGGAAGCUGAGUCAGUGAGCGGCGAACCAGCUGAGGGUGAAAAUUCUGAGAAUAAGUAG